AGGUCCUUCGGCUCAAGUCUUGCGCCUUUCCCACGGAAUGGGAACGAACAUGGAGGUGGAAGUCGUUUGGGCGUUCAGCCGUUCCGUCAUUUGCAACCUCAGCUUAUCUUCGAAGAUUACCAUUCGCGAGUUGAAGAAGACCAUUUCUGAACGUACGCGGGUCCCUGUGAGGUUUCUGGAUGUGAUGUGUGAAGACAAGGUGGCGACGGAUACUCACAGACUCCAUGACUUUGGAGACGCAGAGCUGCAGAUGCAGGUGCUUCGCAAAAAGCCCACCGAGUUGCUGAGCAUGCUCAGAGAAUGGUACAUCCGCGACUGGGACACUUCUCGUGGCACUUACCCAGAGCACAGCGCUGUUGCACGCUGCGACUUGCCAAUCCUGGAAUACAUCAUUGCCACGGAUGCUGAUGCAAGUCUUGUAAACGAGAAGCAUGAGGUAUGGCCAAGGCUGGAGAAUCAAAAGGCUGAGCGGGCGGGGUCCGCAGUUCACCAAAAUUGCACAGUUCUGCACUACGCGGUACUUCUGCGAGAUGCGCAGCUUUGCAAACUGAUCCUCGAUCAUCCGGGAUUCCAGGGAGCCAAUGUUUGUGGUACCAUCAAAUGCAACUUUCUCAACUGGACGGCCUUGCACAUCGCAUGUGACCUCGGAGUGAAGGACGUUUGUCUGUUGCUUCUGCGGCACCCUCAGUUUACAGCAGUCUGGGACCGAGACUUCGAGGGUCGCACCGCUCUGCACCACGCGAUGUACGCGAGACAGCACGAAGUUGUAGCUGCUCUUUUGGACCAGCACCACGAUCUGAAAUCCCACCACUACGCGCUGGACCUCGCCGUGGAGUCCUAUGACGAUUGUCAGCGGAACUAUAGACGUCCAUCUCCUGACAUGCAGAACAUGUUGGUGCAGAGGUGUGCGAAGUCCAUGUCUCACCUUUCACCAGAGGCAAACGCUUUUCUGAGGCAGCCUGAGAACCGGAACAUGCUUCAGGACUCCCUGAAACACUGCGGCAGGCUAUUGGCUGGUGUUCAUUUGGGCAAAGGUCAUUUGGAUCUAGAGCAGGCAGUGCUCAACCGAUUUGACCAAAGCACAAAGGAUGAACUUGCACAUCACCGCUAUGUGAAACUGCAAAGACGAAGGAGGUUCGCUGCCAAAGCAAGUGAAGACAAUAGGAAGCGGAUGUGGAGGUCCAAGGCUUCGAGGAUUACGUCCAAACAUGCUGUUUUCACCGGUUAUUUGGAAGAUUGACCGUCAACACAGAUUGAUGAAUGUGUGGAAGAUGAACGCUUGGGCCCCUUUGAGUGUGCCGAUGCUUGCAAGGCUUCUCAUGGCUGCUGCGAGUGUACAGAGGCGUUUUUUGUUUUUGUUGUUGCGGGACAUGGGCGUGGAAACAAAGUAG